AUGGAUUUAUUUGGUCCGGUUAAUGUGUUGAGCAUCAAUCGCAACUCUUUCUGCCUUGUCGUGAUAGAUGAUUACUCCCGUUUCACUUGGGUUUUCUUUCUAUAUAACAAAGCAGAAAUUCCUAACCUUAUCAAAAGAUUCAUUGUGAUGAUCGAAAAUCAGACUAACAAUCAAGUGAAAGCGCUGCGUAUUGAUAAUGGAACAGAGUUCAAGAAUGCUGUUCUUGAUCAUUUUUGCGCUGAGAAAGGGAUUGUGCGUCAAUUCAGUUCUGUUCGAACACCUCAACAAAACCGGGUUGCCGAACAUUGGAAUCGAACUCUAAAAGAUGCCGCAAGGACGAUGCUCUGUGAUUCCAAGCUUCCUGUAUUCUUCUGGGCAGAGGCGAUUAACACUGCGUGUUAUGUUCAAAAUCCUCGAACUGCGUACAGGGUUUACAAUAAGAAGACUAAACAGAUUGUAGAAUCAUUUGAUGUUUGUUGGCUUGAGGAAAAUGAGACAGAUGCUAGAGUGGGUCCUGACUGGUUGUUUGACUACACAUCUCUUUUCAAAUCAUUCAAUGUGUCUUCAGAUAAUCAAGAAGGAUCUACUUUCAAUUUGAAGAUUCCUAGUGAAGACGAAGAAGAUGAAGUUGAUUAUCGACCUCCAUUGAUUUCCACUAAUCCUCCAUCGGUACCCCCUACUCAUUUUGAAUCUUCUGAAUCUCCUCAACAACCUUCUCCUGAUGCCAUUGCUACUCCCUUAACUCCAAUGGAAAAAGAGUUCAUGAAUCAUGAGACUUCCACUGUAACUUCAACUUUGAUGGAACUUAUUUUUCCAGAAAAUAUUGCAGAAGCGUUUGUAGCGGAUUCUUCUAACGAACAUUGUUCAUCCUCUACAGACCAUACAACAAAUGAUGGAGCGGUUAACAUUCAUAAUCUUACUGUUUCGGUCAAUGAUAUUAGUUAUCAGAUCCCUUCACGCAUUCAGCGAGAUCAUCCAAUAGAGAACGUCAUUGGCCAGUUAGGCGACGGGGUUCAAACGAGAAGUAAAAGUGGGGAUGUAAAUACAUGUCUCUACCCUUGCUUCAUAUCUCAAAUAGAACCUAAACCUGUCGAUAUGGUUCUGAAUGAGCCCAGCUGGGUUGAAGCCAUGCAUGACGAAUUAAAUCAAUUUGAGAAACUCGGAGUCUGGAAAUUGGUGGAACUACCAAAAGGAAAGAAAUCUCUUGAUACUCAUUGGGUAUUUCGAAAUAAACAAAACGAUUCAGGUGUCAUUGUGCGCAACAAGGCAAGAUUGGUGGUUCGAGGGUUUCGACAGGUUGACGGUCUUGACUAUAUUGAAGUUUAUGCUCUGGCCCUAAACAUUUCAGAACCUGAAAAGGCAAAUCUUGCUCAAGUCAAGGAUUCAAGUAAAGAAAUGGAAGCAGAUCCAGAGGAGGAGAUGAUGAAUUUUCAGUUUGCUUUCAUGGUUCAGACCACUCCUGAACCAGUCAAAUCUGAGAGAAUUCAAGAGGGGAGAUGCGAAUUGAAAGGAGCCAUGAAUAUGCAAGGCCUUCAUCAUCAACAACAGCAGUUGGCAGCUCUGCUCUCUGUUGCUCUCCCCAAAGACAAGGAUUCUUCAUCUUCAUCCUCAUCGCAACAUAACAAUCCAUCGUCUGAAGGUGGAGAAGACGACGCUUCUCGAUUGGCAGCCAUUAAUCCAAUAUUGAAGGAUUAUUGA